AGCUUGCCAGUAUAUCCAUAAUCUUUGGCUGAACGAACCAGAGGUAACGCAUAUCCGGGUUUCAUGACUACAAACUGGCGAGCUCAAUGUGUAUGGGUGUGAGCGGAAACUGGAGUCAUAGCAGCUGACAUGUUUUAGCAAGAUCUCCUAGUAGGCAAACAGCACGAUGAUGAUUACUAUUACUGGGUCGUCAUAUGUGUUUUUGAGGAUGGGAUAGGCUGCUGCUAGGCUAUAGUAAAUAGGAGGAUACGGUCACUCAAUCCACAACUCUUGUAACACAAAGUAUCAUGGCAAACAGCACUGUUAAGUGAGCAACUGACAGAGUAGACAAUUUGAUCGACUGGUAUAUCGUGACCUUUUUAACAAGUGGUUGUAGAAAGAGUGCGUAGGAGGUGGGGAAAGGAGUCGUGCGCAAAUUUCCUUUGCGGAUCAUAUUUUCAUCAUAUUGCAACAACAUGGAGUCGCAGACACAGUACACCCGAGAGGAGAUCAACAGCACGAUAUGGGAAGUGCCGGAGAAGUACACGCGAUUGAAGCAAAUUGGGACAGGGGCGUACGGUUCCGUAUGCUCGGUAAUAAAUGUGAAGACCACUGAGAAAGUGGCCAUUAAGAAGCUUCACCGGCCCUUCCAGUCUGAGAUUUUUGCAAAGAGGGCUUAUCGGGAGCUUCGACUGCUCAAGCACAUGAAACAUGAAAAUGUGAUAGGGCUUCUGGAUGUGUUUACUCCUGCUGCUGGGCUUGAUGAAUUCACAGAUUUCUACCUGGUGAUGCCUUACAUGUUCACCGACCUCUCCAAAGUCAAAGGACUUCUCACUGAAGACAGAGUGCAGUUCCUUGUCUAUCAGAUGCUGUGUGGACUAAGGUACAUUCACAGAGCUGGCAUCAUCCACAGGGACCUGAAGCCUGGUAACUUGGCUGUCAAUCAAGACUGUGAAUUAAAGAUCCUGGACUUUGGUCUUGCUCGCCAUGCCGAGGCAGAGAUGACAGGCUAUGUUGUGACCCGCUGGUACCGGGCACCAGAGGUCAUUCUAAACUGGAUGCACUACACCCAGACUGUGGACAUCUGGUCUGUGGGCUGUAUCAUGGGAGAGAUGAUCAAUGGGAAGACGCUUUUCAAAGGGAAGGACUACAUGGAUCAGCUGACUCAGAUCAUGAAAGUAACUGGAGUACCCGGUCCUGACUUCAUUCAGAAACUGGACAGUCAGGAGGCAAAAAGCUAUGUGCGGUCCCUCCCUCACUUUCCCAGAAAAGACUUCUCUAAGUUGUUCCCCAGAGCAAGUGCACAGGCGAUUGACCUUCUUGAGAAGAUGCUGGUUUUGGAUGGUGAGACUCGGCUUACUGCUGAGAGUGCUCUGACACACCCGUAUUUUGAUGGCUUGAGAGAUCCAGAGGACUGCCCUGAGCCACAGCCAUAUGAUGACAGUCACGACAAUGCCACGCUGCCUCUGGAGGAUUGGAGGCGGUUAUCCUUCAAAGAGGUGAAGAGCUUUGUGCCAUUCCCACGACGGGACUCCAAGAGGCGAAACACACUGACAAUUUCUCCGUGAUUCCAUGCUUGUGAUAUCAGAAAACACUGCUACCACACACCAGCAAACGGCAGUAGGCCUUACACCAUGUUGCCCCUGAAACAAUCCUGUCAUAAUUAUUUUCUAAAUGAAGCCUGUGGUUGAAUUUCGUAUUGGGAAGUAUUGAGCUACAUUGUGCCGUCUGUCUCUUUUGGCCUAAUUUGUAAUGGUCGAUCAGUGUUUCAGCAGUCAGAUUGUUUCAAAUUUAACCCCACCUCCCCACCCAUCGGUGAAUUAGUACAUUGUUCCCUCUACGUAUCACAAUUGUUCAUGUUUUAUCAUACCCAAUGUUUAAUGGUCUUACUGUAUGGUUUUCUUUUUCUAAUAGUUGAUAUAUUAAAGAUGAGUUAAAUGUAAUGUACAGUUGAAGUUGGAAGUUUACAGACACCUUUGCCAAAUACAUUUAAACUUAGUAAAAAUUCCCUGUCUUAGGUCAGUUAGGAUCACCACUUUAUUUUAAGAAUGUGAAAUGUCAGAAUAAUAGUAGAGUGAUUUAUUUCAGCUUUUACUUCUUUCAUCACAUUCCCAGUGGGUCAGAAGUUUACAUACACUCAUACACUCAUACACUUAAAUUGUUUAACUUGGGUC